AUGCCUGUCAUCCCCACGGAGCCAUUGCGGCGCUCUACCCUCAACCUCGACAUAUCCGGAGUAGCCGGUUUCUUCGGCGGAGAUGUCGCCGUGUCCGCCAUGGGGACGGUGAAUAUCUACCAGGGCAGGAAAUGGCUGGGCUGGUAUAACAUGCCAGGCAGCUACGAGAUCGCGAAGCGGUAUGGUCGGCUUGCCCGAUCACGCAUAUGGAGUGGUCUAUACCCAGGAGGCCAUGACGAGCCAGCCGUCCUCUUCGAACUCGACGGGACCGUAGGUCCCAGGUAUCGAGGAGUGUACUCUGGUACGGUCAUGGCCAAGACAGGGCACAUAGCGCGACUGGUGGUGUCCGAGAGCAAAGAGCUCCCGCAACAGACCUGGACAAUACCGGCAGGUGCGCGCGAGACUUCGCCAAUCGCCGUGACGAUCGUCGACUUGCACGUUGUGCCCGCAGAGACUAUCGAGCCCCAUAUCAUGACAAAGUGGUCCGCUUCCGCCUUCACCAGCGCUCUAUCCUGCAUCCCAAUGCUUGCCUCGGCGGGGACAUGCAUUGCGUGUGCCUUCGUCGAAGAUUGGCUUUGUUUCGCUAUGAUCGCGAUUGGCAUGUUUUGCAGCGGGUUCUCCUGCUUUGUCAUCGGAUCUGGCACCUUCGCGUUCAGACACCCCAAACCCGCCCAGGGCGCACCCCUGGGCGAUGGCAUCUUAGACGACAACAACCAUUUUGUAAUUCUGCGAGGGGAGGAGGGGGCGGUCAAUCCUAUCACCAGAGGGGCCUUUUCGCUCACAUACAGAAGCGCACCCGACUACAGCGAUAUUGGCCUCAGCUCCCUCUUCCUCACGUUACAGUUCCUCGUGCAGCUACUCGUUGUCCCCCAAGGCACUAUCUUCGGCCAAAUCAUGUUUUUGUCGUCUUUAGGCGUUUCCUGGCUUUACAACUCGUUCCUGUCUUCCUUGGAUAAAAGGAGUAUCCAACGCCGCAUUCUUUUCAAAGACGUCCUCGGGAACCCGAGAACGUACAAGCCGAGGGAGCCGUCGUCGCAGACGGAGACCCCCGUGGCAUAUGGAGAGAAGACGGCAUUAUCGAGCCCUCGUGCAGAGCAGGAACCCCUAGGAAACCUCCUGAAUGACCUGCUUCCCAACGACACGGAAGUUUGGACCACGUGGAAACGUGACCUUCUGGUCAAGAUCGACAAGCAUGUCGAUGACCUUAGGCAUAUUUCCUUCGACGCUCCCGUCCCGUCUGCAAAGGAGAGCGCCGAGCUUCUCGACGCCCUGCACAAGGAUUCCCUAGUCGCGCUCGCUGCCUAUCAGGCUUACCGAGAGAAGCUGGAGGAGGACGCCAGGAACUCAAUGGAGAGUAUAGAUGGGAAGCGAACGCCUGAACGCAAGGACAGGACGUCAACCAAUACUUUCUCGGCUAUGGAAAUGGGGGAGCUCCAGGUGUGAGCCUUCCAGUGGUCGCACGCGCGUGCAUACUUUCGAGAUGCAUUCUUACACAUACGCAUCGGACGUUGUUGUCUUGGCUACUAGGCAGUGCGCUGUCACGGAAACAUUGUGAACUAUGUAUCAAUACUUACCAGCUAAACGCACACAACGCUGUAUUUCUGUACUUGAAGUAACGAUUUCC